ACUUUAAUUUGAAUGCAAAAAUAAAUCAGACUUAUCUAUCAAAAUAAAUAAAUUGAACUUCUUCAGAAAGCGAUAGCAGAAUAAAGCUUGGCUUCUUAACGGUAAAUUUCUCGUAAUCUCCGAUCAAUCUUCCUCUGUUCCUCCCUUCCCUCACUGCGUCUGAGACCAUGCAUAGACAGUCUCUGAGCUCACCGUCCUCAAAGCUUCACAGUCAUGGCGGAGCCAAGGAGGAUACGGACACUGUCGAAGAACCGAAGCUCAGAGACUCUGUUUCAUCGGCGUCCAGUUACGACGAAGACGACGACAACGCCGGAAAGAGUCGUCGAGCUUCAUUGCCUCCUUCCAGAACAGACAAGUUCAUCCACCUCCUUCCCAUUCUCAUUUUUUGCUGCUUCCUCGUUCUCUACCUCUUCUCUCACACUCCCUCUGCUUCGGAAAUGGCUUCUUUUCGUGGAUUCAAUCGCUCCUCCUGGCAUUCUGAUUCAGCGGUGGAUUUGAACAACAUUCGGCAUUUGCCGGUAGAGAGAGCCGACACUCUGCCGAUCCUCACCGUGGAAAAUUUGCAUGAAAUCCGGCCACACAGGAAAUUCGCCGAUUUUUAAGCUGCAUUCUCUGGUUUUACCAUCCAGAUGAUUCCUGCAACUUAGUUUCACGCGCCACGAAGAUUCAACAGGAAUAAUCAACAGGAAUAAUAGGGAAAAAAGUCACGCUCUUGACUUCUGUAUAAGCAUCUGAAACUGGAAAUGCAAUGCCUCGCGGAUUGAUAAUUGAUAAUUGAUAAUUGACAAAUUACCACAAAAUUAUACGCCUCCGUUUCAUUUUUUUCAGCUGUGUUUGUUUAUUGCAAUUCGGAGGGGUGGCGUAGGUUAAAGUGAGCCUCUGGCGAAGGCGCAGGAUAGCAGGUGCGCUGUAUGUUGAACACAGCUGGAUUUUGGGACCGUUGAUGCACUUCGAAUUGAGAUAGGGAAUUUGAUGCGAAUGCGAUAACAACUGGAAAUAGU